CGAAUGCAUAGAUAUUAUUAGAUAUCACACGUGCCAGGAUCAUCACCGUGACUUCUGUUGCAGAACCAAAACUGUUUUCUUUGGAGUUCCGUUGUCCAGAUGCGUUCACGAGCUUGCUUGUGUCCGGAACUCCACAGCUGAGCGCUCGAUGGAUGCUCCUGAAAACCUCCUGGCGCAGCAAAUCCAUCCAACGCCCACCAGAAGGCAAAAGCCAUCUUCUCGUUCUAGAAAAAGCUCAUAAUUCGAGUAGCUAGGCGUUGAAGUAUUCACUGACUGUUCGAUGUAUUUCAAGCGACCUGUAUCUGGCAUGUAGAUAAGAGCUGGAGAAUGGCUUUCUCCGUCUUUCAGAGCGUGGAUCGUGGCACGGAAGAAAGCAUACCCGGUCGUCUCCUGAGAGCGUGCAUCAGCGGCGACAUUGAGGUGAUACGCUCGCUACGCAGCGACCACUCCGUGCGUGGCCUGGUCGACUUCAAGACGGGCAGGACUGCACUGCACUUCGUGGUAUUCUGUGGGAAAAGGUCGCGACAGUGCUGCGAGAUCUUGCUGGAAGCCGGCUGUCCCGUCGAUGUGGUGGAUUUCUACGGAAUUACACCAUUCAUUUUGGCCAACAUGUACGCGAAUCAGGGAAUGCUUGAGGCGUACAGGACAGUCGGUGCAGGCGAUCUGGACGCAGGCCCAUACAACAGGGAGCAGAUACACUGGAGUAACCUGAUGCGUGCAUGCCACGGCAGCAAGGUGCCGCAGAUACGCCACUGCCUGGACCGCGGCGACGACGUGGACGCACGCAACGCGUUCGGUCAGACUGCACUGCACAUCGCGGUGCUGCGUGACAAUACGCUCGCAGUGCAGAUGCUGAUCGAGGGUGGCUGCGAGGUGGACGCGCAGGACGUGUUCCGAUGGACGCCGCUAAUGCUGGCGUGCCGUCGCGGCAUGCUGACCAUGGUCAACACGUUGCUGGAACAGUCGGCCGACAUGCAGAAAGUGGACAUCGAGGGACACACGGUCUUACAUAGUGCCAUACUGCAGGGAAACACGGAGCUCCUGUCCUGUCUUCUCCAGUUUAAAGUGGAAGCAUUCAGGCACGCCAUCGUCGGCUCCUUCUCGCCAUUGGAAUUGGCCGUGGCAUGCCAGCACGAGCAUGUCGUAAGCUGGUUCAGCGAGGAGAGCGCUCCCGUUUCCAGUUUCCUGACGCAUGCGUUCACACUCGCUGUCCGCCUCAACAACUUUACGCUGAUGCGCAAGCUGGUCGUAAUGGGAGUGAGCGUGGAGUGCUCUCACGUUACCAUGGCCGUGGAGAGAGAAGAUAUUGAUCUAUGCCGCUAUCUCCUUGCCUGCGGAGUAAAUCUAAAAAAGGACGGAAUCAAUGCAGACUCGCCUCUUGUCGUGGCGUGCCAGAAAGGCAACGUCACGUGCAUUCGAAUGCUUCUGGAAGCCGGUUGCCAACCCAACUCGGAGUUUGGCGGAGUGGAGCUCCUAUCUCAUCCGCUGUCCAUCGCAAUGUGCCAGAGCGGCUCAGCGGUGGUGUUUGAAUUGCUGCGCGCCGGCGCCGAUCCUGACAUGGAUCGCUACUGCGUCACUGCCACCGGUACGGUACACAAGCCGACGAUCCCAGCCAUGCAGAGACAGGCACCGGCGGCGGAGGACGAGCUGCCCGAGGACUUCGCAACGUCCGUGCGUCUCUGCCUGCGGGCGGGUGCCGACUACGACGAGCUGUCGCGCGUGUGGACCGAGCCGGGACGGGCGGAUCCAUUUCAAACGCUGCGUAACACCGCGUGCUGCCCGUCGCUUCAGCACGCCUGCAGCGCUGCGGUGUGGGAGCACUUGAUUGCGCACAAGGCCCACGGCAACUCCUUCAUUCACCUGCAGAAAGCAGUCGAGCUUCUCCCGGUACCGGUGUUCAUGCGUGAGAUGCUCCUGUUUCCUUAUGCGUUGCAGGGAAAAUCCGUUCUCUCUCAGCUCUGGGAGAACAGACAUAUGGAAUCACUGGACUAAACGCUUAUGCCCUUCGAAGUAACAGCAUGGUAACGUUAUGACUGAGAUGAUGACAGUGAAUUUUUCGUCUCAGUGAUGUUGCACCCACUUUUACACGAUUCAACUUGAAGUGCAGCACAAUGGGACAUCUGAGUUUGUACUUCAAAGUAUUUGACAAUAUUAUCCUAUAGAGAUGCCCAUCAUAUUCAGAGUAUCAUGCCGGUUUAUGAGAGAAGCCAGGAUAACAUUAUGUGCAGUAUAUAAGUUGCGACAUUUCCCCAUUCUUCAUUUUGGUACUCACUGACAAGCACUGAUUGUAUCCACAAAGACCUCUUUUCUAUCGCAGACCUGAACAUUCUAUCUUGAAAAGUUUAAAUUUUUUUCAAAAGUGAUGUAAUGCCUCGACUGAGCAAUAUUGCGCCCCUGCAUUCCCUGGCCUAGUGCUUAGAUUAGUUCGAAGACCUUGUUGUACAUUUCAUGGAUCACCCACCCUCUCCCUAUGCUAUGAUCCGUAUCUGACAGCACUUCUGUAACGUGUAA